AUGGUCCUGGGCAACCGGCUGUGGGUGACCCUGCUUGAACAGGGGGGCUGGACCAGACGACUUCCAGAGGUCCCUCCCAACCUCAACCAGCCUGCGAUUCUGUGGUGGCUGCAGUUAGGAUAUCUUGGCUCGGCGACCACCAGAGCGACGCUCUCCCGUGCCGCCGGCACCGCCGGCCCGAGCCACAGCAUCCCGACAAGGGCUCCCACCCUCCGCCCGCACGGCGGCAUGCCGCCACGCUCCGCUUGGCCUCGGCGGCGCCCGCCGGGUUCAUUUCUUCCAGACCAGUCUUUUGUGACUCUAGCCACAAAUGACUCCUAUGUGAAAGGAGCACUGGUACUUGGUUCAUCCUUGCAACAGUACAGAACAACAAGGAAGCUGACUGCACUCAUAACUCCUCAGGUCUCAGAUCUUAUGAGGAGAGUGCUGGAAAAAGUCUUUGAUGAAGUCAUAUUGGUAAAUGUCUUGGAUAGUGGGGAUUCAGCACACUUGGCGUUAAUGAAAAGACCUGAGCUGGGUGUCACACUAACAAAGCUUCACUGCUGGGAACUGACGCAGUUUUCAAAAUGUGUUUUCAUGGAUGCAGACACAAUGGUUUUGUCAAAUAUCGAUGAGCUUUUUGAGAGAGAAGAGCUGUCUGCGGCACCAGAUCCAGGCUGGCCUGACUGUUUUAAUUCUGGAGUUUUUGUUUACCGACCUUCCAUUGAAACGUACAAUCAGCUGUUACAGUUUGCCACAGAGAAAGGCAGCUUUGAUGGUGCAGAUCAGGGGUUAUUAAACACCUUCUUCAGCAGCUGGGCAACAACAGACAUAAGCAAACAUCUACCAUUUAUUUAUAAUUUGAGCAGCACUUCUGUAUAUUCCUACCUUCCAGCAUUUAAAGCGUUUGGUGCAAAUACUAAAGUGGUGCAUUUCCUGGGAAGCACAAAGCCAUGGAACUAUAAAUAUGACUCCAGAACAAAAAGCAUAAAAGGCAACAUGGACGACCCUAAAAUAGUUCACCCAGAAUUCCUCAACAUGUGGUGGGAUACCUAUACAGCUAAUGUUUUACCAUUACUAGAACAGCAGGGAAUUGUUAAAGAAAGUACUACAGGUGUAAACAUGGCAGAGGUUACAGAGGCAGUGUCCCACAUAUCAAUAUCAGCACCAUCACCAGUAUUACCAACUGUAUCUUCAGAAGAACGCAAGGAACGGUGGGAACAGGGCCAAGCUGACUAUAUGGGAGUGGAUUCCUUUGACAACAUCAAGAAGAAACUGGAUACCUACCUUCAGUAGAAAUGCCUGUCUCAAACAGUGGUGAUGCAAGGACUUGUUCCAGAACUAACAGCUAGAAAGGUGUAGAUGGUGGUCAGUUACACUUGCUAGUAGCUUGAUGAAAAACUUCUUGGCUGAAGGCCUCUGCAGUGCUACAGAUGAAGACUGAGCAAAAGCUAGGAAGCAGAAUUCCUUGAGCCACCUAUAACUGCCCAAUUUCCAAUUCCCCCUACUAGAUAAAACCAGGUAUUUUCAGCUUAAAUUUUCUUCUGUUGUGAUCAAUUGGCUCAACAUAUUCCUUGAAACUGGGUUUGUUACCUCACCUCAUUAAGGUGAUUAGCAUUGAUUCCUUUGCUUGCUGUUUUAGAUGUAAAAUCUAAUUCAUGGGAUUGCUCAUACACUAGAGUGGUAGCCAUUCUGCUUUACCAUAAAUGUAUUAAUGACACUGGGAUACAUACAGAUGUAACAGUAAUAGCACUGCUUUGCUCUUCCAGUCACAAUUGCACUGAAGUUUUGACCAGGUUCUUACGCACAGUGCCUACAGCAUGGCAGAAUGCAUUUUUCAGUUCUGUAUACUAUGGGACUAGUAAACUUGAGUUUUAUCUGUCACUUGCAAUGUUGCACUUGAUACAAAAAUAAAAAGUUGUCAUGCA